AUGCGAUUCUCGGUGCUGACAUUUCUUUCCUUCGCGGCUCUUGGACUCGCCCAAAGCCCACCACAUGGAUAUGGAGGUGGUGACGAGCCUGUGGCACCGGGCUUGACGUUUCUUUACCGAUCUUACGCUGUUUGUGGUAAUGGACUAUACAAUACUGAAGGUCCCAGAGGUAUCCGCACAGCCAUCCCUAUUCUUGGCGGCAAUGUUACCGGACCGCGUAUCAAAGGCCAAUUUCGGGAUCUGGGAGCUGAUUGGGGUGUCACCGAUGUGCAGACAGGCAUCUUCAGUGCUGAUACGAGGUACAAUCUGCUCACCGACGAUGGCGCCAAUAUCUUCUUGCAGACCAGCGGUCCCGCACAACCCAGCGGCGACCUGCACCUGAGGAUUGUGUUCGAGACUGGUGACAAGAAGUACUACUGGUUGAACAAUGUCAUUGCCGUGGGCGUGCUCCAUGAAGUAGCAUCAAAUGCGACGACGUUCACGCUCCGCAUCGAUGCUUGGCAUGUAAGUCGACACGAGCAGGCUGGCCUUCCUGACGGCGCGUUGCUGACUCGUUGCUUGUUUGCCAAGAUGACAUCCGAGUGGAAUUCGACGACUUUUAUCAACGGUACAACGUACGCAUGA